GCAGGGUGUGUGGGAGUUCUUCUAUUCAUCAGCUCAAUCACUGAAGACAGACGUAACUAUAAGAGGAGGGAAUGAGGGCAAACACUCUCACACACUCUUAAAAGCUUCCAGAUAACAUAGGAAACACCAAGGUCUACGCACGUACCAGAGUGUAAACCGAUAACGCUGACAAAGGAAGACUGAAGCGGCGCCAACAUUAGAAUAAGACUGGAGUGCUAAAGAGCAGACUGCACACAGACAGACAGUCAUGUUCCUGGUGGUGGUGGCGGUGGUCCUCUCGCUGCCGGGCCUCACUCACAGCUUCCAACCACUCUUUGCAUUUGAUGGGAAUUCCACCACUCACCGUGACAUCACACAAAGGGCGAUCCUCAGAAAGACAGCUGAGGUCUGCCGAGACAUCGCUGCCUCUGAGGGACGGGACUUCAGCCUGACUAUUGAUGACAGGCUGUCCACUUACAAGGUGCAGAGGGCCUGUUCCUCUACAGGCACGUCCACCUCUCUCCUCUCAACUGUCAUGUUCCGAACUUCCAUCGCCAAAAUGUACUUUAGCAACGCAAAAGUGGACGUGAUUUUUGCGCUGAGCGAGGAGCACCAUUUCGAUGACGAGACCUUCCAGGGAGGACGGGAUGUCAUCACAGCAGGUGUGUCUGCUGUGAAGGCCAGUGUGAAGCUGGAGAACUUUGUGGCAGGGAGGUGGACUCUUGGACGAGUCUGUCAUACCCUACAGGACUUCUACAGCCACAGUAACUGGGUGGAGCUGGGAAACAAGGCUCCUUACAGUACUCUGAUCAGACCAGACCAGCCUCUUGAGAACCUGGCAGGCCUAAGCACCCCAACCUGUAGAAACUGUACAGGAGGAAACUGUGAUAACAACCUCCUGCCUGACCUGCUGCAGCAGGGGCUUCUUACUUCAGGCUACUUCAACAUCUUUUCCCCGGCCAAACCUGCAGGUAAAUGCAGCCACGGUGGAUCAUUUGACAAAACAAGCAGACAGGACCCAGUGGGGGGCAUCAGUAAGGACGACAUCGGGUCCAGUCACGGCUCGCUUCACCACAAAGCGGCUGAUUUGGCUGUGAAUGCCACUAUGGAGCUACUGGAGGACAUCAGAUUAGCUGCAGGAGACAAGAACUUCCUGCGAUUGAUGGGCCUCUCCCAGUCCUCCGUGCUGUGUUUUGUCAUCGACACCACAGGCAGUAUGAGCGAUGACAUAGCUGAGGCUAAGAGAGUUUCCUUUCAGAUCAUUGACAGUAAGAGGGGAACCCAGCAAGAGCCCUCCGCCUACAUAUUGGUACCUUUCAAUGACCCAGGUUUUGGACCUCUGAUUAUGACAACCAAUGCAGAUGUCUUCAAAGACAACAUCAACAAGCUGUCUGCAAGUGGAGGAGGAGACAUCCCAGAGCUGUGCUUGUCUGGACUGCAGCUUGCCCUGACUGCUGCUCCACCCUCCUCUGAGAUCUUUGUCUUCACUGACGCUCCAGCAAAAGAUGCUCAUCUGAAAAGCACCAUCACCGCCCUUAUCGAGAGCACCAAGACUGCGGUAACAUUCAUGUUGACGGACGUUCUGGCCAGUCGACGGCGCCGCAGAAACUCUCAGGGUAAGAGUUCACGUUCAAUGAGCCAAUUAGAUGCACAGCUGUAUCGUGACCUAGCCCGAGCCUCUGGAGGUCAGGCCAUUGAGGUCACCAAGUCAGACCUCUCUCUGGCUACCAGUGUAAUAGAGGAUUCAUCCGCCAUUGCUGUGGUGACAGUUUUACAGGGAGUGAGGAAUCCUGGAAGGCCUGAUAAUUUUACGUUUACUGUUGAUGGAUCACUAAGGAACAUGACGGCCUACAUCACAGGAGCCUCAUCUCUCACCUUCGAUCUCACCAGCCCCACAGGUGUAUCUCAGAGUUCCAGUCAGUCAAAUGGUCCUCUGGCAUCCAUCACCACGGCAGGAAACCUACGUCGUUUGAGCCUCAACUCUGACAAUCAAACGGGAUCAUGGAAAAUCAGUGUUAACUCUAAUAGCCCCUACUCUGUUAAGGUCGCAGGUCAAAGUUCAUUGAACUUCAUUUAUAAUCUGGUGGAAGCUCACGAGGGAGCCCACGGGGACUACAGUCUAAAGGAGGGACGUCCUCUUUCAGGUGCUAAUGUCAGCCUCUUGGUCUCUGUGACAGGAAGUGACACAGUAAAGGUCACGGAGGUCACUCUGUUUGACAGCUCAGGGCCGACAGAGGUCAACGGAUCACUACAGUCGGUGGGAAGUGGUAACUUCCUGGUGACAUUCAGUGGAGUCCCGGCAGGCAACUUUGUGCUUCGCCUGAAAGGAGAGGACAGCAGCUCCACCUCCAGGGCAACACCGAGCAGCUUCCAGAGACAAGCCCCCACACAGAUGAAGACCUCCAGCAUCUCCGUUACCACCCAAGCCAACAACACCAACAUAGAACCAGGCUCCACCAUCUCCGUCCCUUUCACAGUCGCCGCAACCACUGACGGAGUUGUUAACGACUCUGCGACCGGGACGUUCACAGUGCGAGCCAACAACGACCGCAGCUAUGCUUCAACUUCACCCAGCACCGUCACCGUAGCGGCGGGCGGUGGAGGCAAAGCCAACGGCACCGUGACCUUGACAAUACCAGCCAGCGCUGCAUCAGGAACAGACGUGACCCUAACCAUUGAGGCAGAAAAUGCAGCUGCCACCGACACCAACUAUGCUGUCCUCCGGAUGUCUGUGACUGCCAAGGUGACAGAUAUAAGCCGCCCAGUGUGCCAGCUAGUCAGUUCAUCCACCAGCUGUCCGUCCUCUUCAUCGCUCUGUGCUUCCGCCCAGUGGCUAUUCAUCGCUAAUCUCACCGAUGGCAUCAAUGGAACUGGCAUUGAGAGCGUCACUGUCCGCCAAGGGAACGGUACCCUCAAUACCAGCACAGUGGCUGGAACAGGGGGUGAGAACGUCACAGUGGCGACCUACAGCGCCUCCUGCUGUUCGCAGAACGUAGAGCUGGCUGCUGUGGACAAAGUAGGAAAUGUGGGGACAUGUGUGGGACAGGCUAGAGAAUCUGCCACUGCCACGGCUGCUCCUGUGACUACAGCUGCAGUUAACACAACAUCCACUGGAGGGCACACAUUGAGCAUAUCACACUGUCUCUGGAUCAGUGUUGUGGUUUCUCUCUUUUGGAAGUAAAAUGGAUAAAUUACACUAUUAUAGCACAUGAAUCAAAAGUGUCCUCUCAGAUGUCUCAGGUGUGUUUGAAUUGCCGCUGCUUGAAGAGAAAAAAUGUUCCUUCCAUUUGAAUGAAAUCAUUUUUACUGACAUCUCUUUAAUUAACUAUUAUUAAUUUCUUGAUGGAAAAAUAUAUAUUUUUUAUUUUAUUUUAUAAUUUUAUCUUAUUCUGCUGCUUUGUGUUUUGGAUAUAUAUAUAUAAAUUAUAUAAAAAAUGAAGAGUUAAUUAAACUAUUUAUUUAUAUUCCUGGUGGCGUGUAGAUUUGCUGCAGCCAUCAUAGUUGAGUGGUGCUAAUGUAGAAGGGCCUGAGGCUGCCAUUACUGCAAUGCAAUGACUCGACUAAAUGCAAAGAUCAAAGUCCUCCAACCUUUCUCUUGAUUAUUUUUCCACAUGUUGAUUUUGGGUUUCAGUUACAUUUCCUCUACUGUAUGUUUUGGUGGCAAAUUUGAGAAACACUGUAUUGAGGGGAUAUUCAAUUUAAAGAGAAGUAUGUUGAAAUAUUUUGUGAUGGUGGAAUUUCCUUUUUCUGGUGAACCUUCAGUAGAUUCUCUGCCCCGUCUACUUCAAUUAAAGGACCUGAAAACCUU